AGCGCGCCGGGCGGGGGAAGGGGGCGGCGCGAGGCCAGGGUAGGGUGAGCAGCCUCCGGAGCGGAGCGGGGCUCUCAGGAGGAGACACUUUUUUUUCCUCCCUCCUUCCCUCCUCUCCUCCUCCCUUCCCUUCCCCUCUCCUCCCCUCUCUCCUCCUUCCCCCCGCGGUCGGCCCGAGGCUGCUGGGGCGAGCGUGCGGCGUCGCGGGCGCUCACUCUCCGGGGCCGCCCGGCGGGUAGCUGGCGGGGAGGAGGCAGGAACCGCGAUGGCGCCUCAGAAGCACGGCGGUGGGGGAGGGGGCGGCUCGGGGCCCAGCGCGGGGUCCGGGGGAGGCGGCUUCGGGGGUUCGGCGGCAGUGGCGGCGGCGGCUGCGUCGGGCGGCAAAUCGGGCGGCGGGGGCUGCGGCGGCGGCGGCGGCGGCGGCGGCGGCUACUCGGCCGCCUCCUCGUCGGCGGCGGCCGCGGCGGGGGCCGCCGUGCUGCCGGUGAAGAAGCCGAAAAUGGAGCACGUCCAGGCUGACCACGAGCUCUUCCUCCAGGCCUUUGAGAAACCAACACAGAUCUAUAGAUUUCUUCGAACACGAAAUCUUAUAGCACCUAUAUUUUUGCACAGAACUCUUACGUACAUGUCUCAUCGAAAUUCCAGAACAAACAUCAAAAGGAAAACAUUUAAAGUUGAUGAUAUGUUGUCAAAAGUAGAGAAAAUGAGAGGAGAGCAAGAAUCUCAUAGCCUGUCAGCUCAUCUGCAACUUACAUUUACUGGUUUCUUCCACAAAAAUGAUAAGCCAUCUCAAAAUUCAGAAAAUGAACAAAAUUCUGUUACCCUGGAAGUCCUGCUUGUGAAAGUUUGCCACAAAAAAAGAAAGGAUGUAAGUUGUCCAAUACGACAAGUUCCUACAGGUAAAAAGCAGGUGCCUUUGAAUCCUGACCUCAAUCAAACAAAACCAGGAAAUUUCCCGUCACUUGCAGUUUCCAGUAAUGAAUUUGAACCUAGUAACAGCCAUAUGGUGAAGUCUUACUCAUUGCUAUUUAGAGUGACUCGUCCAGGAAGAAGAGAGUUUAAUGGAAUGAUUAAUGGCGAAACCAAUGAAAAUAUUGAUGUUAAUGAAGAACUCCCAGCUAGAAGAAAACGAAAUCGUGAAGAUGGUGAAAAGACAUUUGUUGCACAAAUGACGGUGUUUGAUAAAAACAGGCGCUUACAGCUUUUAGAUGGGGAAUAUGAAGUAGCCAUGCAGGAAAUGGAAGAAUGUCCAAUAAGCAAGAAAAGAGCAACAUGGGAGACUAUUCUUGAUGGGAAGAGACUGCCUCCAUUUGAAACAUUUUCUCAGGGACCUACGUUGCAGUUUACUCUUCGAUGGACAGGAGAGACCAAUGAUAAAUCUACUGCUCCUAUUGCUAAGCCUCUUGCCACUAGAAAUUCAGAGAGUCUCAAUCAAGAAAAUAAACCUGGUUCUGUUAAACCAACUCAAACUAUUGCUGUUAAAGAAUCAUUGACUACAGAGCUGCAAACAAGAAAAGAAAAGGAUACUUCUAAUGAAAACCGACAAAAAUUAAGAAUAUUUUACCAGUUCCUUUACAACAACAAUACAAGACAACAAACUGAAGCCAGAGAUGACCUUCAUUGUCCUUGGUGCACACUGAACUGCCGAAAACUUUAUAGUUUACUGAAGCAUCUUAAACUCUGUCAUAGCAGAUUUAUCUUCAAUUAUGUUUAUCAUCCAAAAGGUGCUAGGAUAGAUGUUUCUAUCAACGAGUGUUAUGAUGGCUCCUAUGCAGGAAAUCCUCAGGAUAUUCAUCGCCAACCUGGGUUUGCUUUUAGUCGCAACGGACCAGUAAAGAGAACACCUAUCACACACAUUCUUGUUUGCAGGCCAAAACGAACAAAAGCAAGUAUGUCUGAAUUUCUUGAAUCUGAAGAUGGUGAAGUGGAACAGCAGCGAACAUACAGUAGUGGACACAAUCGCCUAUAUUUCCAUAGUGACACCUGCUUACCUCUUCGUCCACAAGAAAUGGAAGUAGAUAGUGAAGAUGAAAAAGAUCCUGAAUGGCUGCGAGAAAAAACGAUUACACAAAUUGAAGAAUUUUCUGAUGUUAAUGAAGGAGAAAAAGAAGUGAUGAAACUAUGGAAUCUCCAUGUCAUGAAGCAUGGGUUUAUUGCUGACAAUCAAAUGAAUCAUGCCUGUAUGCUGUUUGUAGAAAACUAUGGACAGAAAAUAAUUAAGAAGAAUUUAUGUCGAAACUUCAUGCUUCAUCUAGUCAGCAUGCAUGACUUUAAUCUUAUUAGCAUAAUGUCAAUAGAUAAAGCUGUUACAAAGCUCCGUGAAAUGCAGCAAAAAUUAGAAAAAGGAGAAUCAACUUCCCCUCCAAAUGAAGAAAUCACUGAAGAACAAAAUGGGACAGCAAACGGAUUUAGUGAAAUUAACUUAAAGGAGAAAGCUUUGGAAACAGAUGGUGUCUCAGGGGUUUCAAAACAGACCAAGAAACAAAAACUCUGAAAAGGCCUAACCCCUGUUAUGGACAAACACUGAAAUUGCAUUCUAGGGAAUUCAGCCUCUAGGAAGAAUUUUAUUUUGUUUUAUUUUUUAAUCAUAGUUUCCAAACAGGUACUGUCAGAUGAAGUAAAUGAUUUCAACAAGGAUGUUCUUAUCAGGGUUCUACACACUUCAUUAUGCGGCAUUACAUCUACAUGUAAUAACAUUCUUUAAUUUGAGCAUGAAAAGCAAUAUUUCAGAGUAUUUUUAACUUUUCAGCUGUCUUAUGAAAUAUAUUGAAUUGAAAAUUUAGGAAUUUCAUAUAUUCGAAAAUGGUUUUGCAUUUGUGACUGGCUGUUUUUCUACUUGUAAAUUGUGAGAAAUUUCAUUGAGGAGGGGAAAUUGGAAUGUAAUUUCCUUUUUUUUAAAUGGAAAAUAUUUGUGAAGUUAUAAUUGCAUUACUAUUUCCAAUGAAACCUUGAUCCUUGAGUUAGAAAUCAUCAAUUGGGAAUGAAGAAUUUCAAGAUAUUUUACAUUGCAUAAAUUCAUUCUGCAUUUUAAAAAAUAGCACUUCUUCAUCUUCUGCCUGUUUGAUAAUUGACUUUUCACCUUGUUGACAGUGAAAUGUUAUGCUGAUUUAAAUAAUUACUGACCAUUUGUUUUUAUCUGGAUAAUUUUAGUGCAUUGCUCACCCAGUAUAUUUUUUUUAAACUUGAACAAUUUGUUGGUUUUAGGUUUUGUUUUAUUUUUCCAAUUAGGUAAUCAUGUGAAAAAUUCAGCUGUCCGCAUCUUUUUUAGGAUUAUAAACCAAGAGAAAAACAAGUUAGAUUUUUAGAUACCACUUUCAAGGGAGGAAAUGUUUAUUUUUCUUUACAAGGAUGUCUUUGUAAUGUAUUUCAUGAUUAGAAUAUCCAAUACAGAUAAGCUGACUUGAAUUGUUUUAAGCAGUUUUGUCCUGUGUUGUAUGUGUUUUAUGCACAUAUUUGCAGUUGGAUUUUCUCCAACAGAAAGUGGUUUCACUACUGGCACAUUAACAAGCACCAAUAGCUUUUUAUUCCAACUCUAAGCACUGUGGUUGAGUAACAUCACCUCAAUUUUUUAUUAUCCUUAAAGAUAAUUGCAUUUUCAUAUUCUUUAUUUAUAAAGGAUCAAUGCUGCUGUAAAUACAGGUAUUUUUAAUUUUUUAUUUCAUUCCACCACCGUCAGAUGCAGUUCCCUAUUUUGUUUAAUGAAGGGAUGUAUAAGCUUUCUAAUGGUGUCUUCAGAAAUUUAUAAAAUGUAAAUACUGAUUUGGUCUUUAAGAUGUGUUAAACUGUGAGGCUAUUUAACUAAUAGUGUGGAUGUGAUUUGUCAUCCAGUAUUAAGUUUUUAGUCACUGAUUUUGUGUUUUAAAAAAAAUAGGAAAGAGGGAAACUGCAGCUUUCAUUACAGACUCCUUGAUUGGUAAGUUAUCCAAAUGCUGAGUUACAGUAAACUCUGAUCAUGCCUCUGGAUAGUGGAUCUCGAGCAUUUCUCUCGGGCUUUAAUUUGCUAAAGCUGUGCACAUAUGUAAAAAAAAACAAAAAACAAAAAAAAAACAUAGAUUAUUUUAGGGGAGAUGUAGGUGUAGAAUUAUUGCUUAUGUCAUUUCUUAAGCAGUCAUGCUCUUAAUGCUUAAAAGAAGGCUAGCAUUGUUUGCACAAAAAGUUGGUGAUACCCUCCCCCAAAUAGUAAUGAAAUUACUUCUGUUGAGUAAACUUUUUAUGUCAUCUUAUAAUAAAAGCUGAAAAAAUCCCUUUGUUUCUAUUUAUAAAAAAAUGCUUUUCUAUAUGUACCCUUGAUAAGAGAUUUUGAAGAAAUCAUGUAAGAUGAUAAAGCAUUUGAAUGGUACAAUAGAUGUAAAAAAAAUCAGUUUAAAAGAAUGUUUGUUUUUACAUUAAAUGUUUAUUUGAAAUCAAAUGAUUUUGUACAUAAAGUUCAAUAAUAUAAAA